CCAAAGAGGUGCAGUCUGAACCCGGGCGCGACGCGAACGAUAGAACCCUUUUCUCAGUCCCUGCGCGCUCCGGGCUGGCGAAGCACCCGCGACUGUCGCCUCUCCCUGAGAGGAUAUCCCCAGUCCCCGCCCUCCCUCCAGAAGAGUCCUCCUCAGCCCCUGGGCGCCCCUGGUGGUGCCCCAUUUCUACAGACAGCUGCCCUUCGGAGGACAGCGGAAGAGCUUCCCAGCGGGCGCAGGAAAGAGGGAAAGUAGCCAGCCAUGUCGAACAAAACAUAUAAUAAGAUGUGGCAUCAGACCCAAGAAGCCCUCAAUUCUUUGCUUGAUAAAGAGUCUCAGAAGAUGACAGAACCACAAAAAAGUCAAGUUUUCUUCUUCCAAAUGUUAGCCACCUUCUACAUAAAAUAUGUGCAGAUCUUUAGAAAUAUGGAGACUGCCUAUGACCAGAUAGUCCAUCCACAGAAACGAACACUGAUCCGGAAAAUACUGGAUGGAGUGAUGGGUCGCAUCCUGGAACUGAAGAAUGAAAUGGUUGAAUUGGAAUUAACCGAGUUUCAUUAUUUUGAUGACAUCUUACAGGAUCUAAAGUUGGCACCUCAACAGUUAGACAUUCCCAUACCCAGAUACUUUUUGAAGGAGAAGUUGGAAGUGAUAAAAGGAAGAGAGAAAAUCCUCGCUCAGAUAUUGGCCGAGAGUGGAUUAGCUGUGACUGACCCGAAAUAUUCAGUAAAGAGUAUCCCCAUAGAAGAGGCUGUCAAAUGGAUCCAGAUUGCUGAGAGGGCACGGCAAGGUCGCCUAAGAGCGCUAUUCAUGAAGCAGAUCUAUCUGCAAGAAUACAGGGCAAAGCUAUCCAAGGUAGCUGGCAAGAAGGUGACAGACACCAGAGCUGCCGCACUCUGUAUUCAGAAGGUUUGGCGAGGUUUCCAUCAAUAUAGGAGAACCGAAAAAGAGAGAGAAGAGGAGAUGAUAUUCCUGGGUAUGGAUCCACCUCCUCUCUUUAAUGAAGUCAGCACUACAAUAAUCCAGGCCGAAAGGGUGAACCGUCUGCGGGAGGAGUUGCAGAUAAAGCAUGAAGAGAACUACAAGGAAGCCUUGGUUACAAUCAAGGAUAACCUGAAAUUAACAGAAGGUCCAGACAUCAAGGAGAGCCUUCAGGACCAGAUCCGGCACUGGUUCAUCGAAUGCAGGAAUUUAACUGGCACAUUUCCUGACUACCCUGAUGAAGAAGAAGGUGGCUCAGCUAUUAUUUUUUCUAACAAGACGCCACAGCAGGUGAUUGAUGAGAUUAUUGCCAACCAAGAAGAGGAGGAAAAAAGCAGAAAGAAAAAGAAGGAAAAGGGAAAAAAACCCAACAAAGCCACAAAAGAGAAGGAAAGGAAAGUAACAAAGGAAAAGUCUAAGGAAGAAGAAGUGGAGUGGAAAAUGUCACCGAGUGUUUUCCUUCACACAAUGGAGGAAGAAAAUAACUUAUACAAAGACAUGUGGAUGAAUAAAGAUGAAUCUUGGAAUUUCCUUCAAGACUAUGAUCCAGAACUGAUCAAAGAGGAGAAACGGAGAGAAUUAGAGUCGGAGCUAAGGGUGCAGGUUGAUGAAUUGAUGAGACAAGAACUAAAAAACUUGAAACUAGCUGUGAACAGAGAAAAGGAAUACCCAGUCAAACCAGGAAAGAAGAAAGGGAAGAAAAAUAAAGGGAAGAAAGGCAAAAGAGGGAAAAAGAAGGACAAAGACCUGACAGCUGACAGGAGCAUCGAGUCUCUGUACAAGGAGCUGGUGGAAGAGGGAUUACUGAUCCAGGCUCUGAAAGUCAAGCUCUCUGAUUACAUCGGUGAGUACAGCUACCUGGGGACGACUCUUCGCCAGGUAUCCAUAGAGCCCAUGCCUUCCCUGCUGGACGUCAGGCAGCUCAUCACCUUGUACGGAAUCUUGCCGUUAGGUUCUGCAGCAGUGCAUGAAAAAGCCCCUUUGGUGAAAUCGCUGCUGCUGGUCGGGCCGUCCGGGGUAGGGAAGAAAAUGCUGGUCCACGCCAUCUGUACCGAAACUGGAGCCAACCUCUUCAACCUGUCCUCACAUAACAUUGCAGGGAAAUACCCCGGCAAAAGUGGCCUCCAAAUGAUGCUGCAUGUGGUCUUCAAGGUGGCUCGAGAGCUCCAGCCCUCCGUGGUGUGGAUCGAUGACACAGAAAAAACCUUUUACAAAAAAGUUCCCAAUGCGGAAAAGAUGAAUGAACCUAAACGCCUGAAAAAACAGCUUCCAAAAAUUCUGAAACUCCUGAAACCAGAUGACAGGAUUCUGAUUGUGGGGACAACACAGCGUCCUUUUGAUGCCGAACUCCAAUCUUUUUGCAAAGUUUACCAAAAAAUUAUUUUGGUUCCCAGACCCGACUACGCUUCCAGAUACGUUUUGUGGAAACAAAUCAUUCAACGCCAUGGAGGAGUCCUUUCUAAGACCCUGAAUGUCAGCUGCCUGGCAAAGGUCACCGAUGGCUUCACCCAAGGACAUAUCGUCAAAGUGGUUAAAGAUGUGCUCACAGAUCGGAGAAUCCGGCAACAAACUCACAAACCACUCACAGCAGGCGAGUUCACGGCGGCGAUAACCAGUAUGAAUCCGGUGUACAAAGAGGAAGAAGAAAGCUUCAAGAGCUGGUACGCCAAAACCCCUCUGGGCAAGAGGCGAGCCUUGGCCUUAACGGGAGGCGGCCAAGAAAAGCCAAAGGAUAAAGAGAAAAAGACCGAAAAGGGGAAAAAGGAGAAGAAGAGAAAGUAGUGCCUCUCUGAGGACCACCGCUGAGUCUGUCUGGGGGCGACAGUGCAGCUCUCCAGAGAGGGGACUCAGCGCCGCCACCUGAGGGAGCCCGGGGGGGAGAAGCAGACACGCGCGGCGACGCGGCCUCACCCCCACCGCAUGUGCCCGGUUGUGCCAGCAAGCCUGGCACCACCCGCGUCCGUCACAAUCGUUUCUGUCACGUGAUCUACGUAUUACUGAAACCCACAACCUUUCCAAGUUGGAUGCUUCAUCCCACCAGUACUCGUCGUCAGAUUGAAAAUGUGACAAAGAACAUUCUACUUUGACAACUAUUGAGUGAUGACUGUAUCGUCGGUACACUCGCUUCUUAUUAAUCCAUAUACACUGUAUAGUGUCUUGCACCUGUUCUAAUAAAUUAAUUAUUUGCUCGAGUAAUAUAUUCUAUACAAUGGAAUAAAGCUCUUGUCCUUGAGCUUAGUAAUUUGGUUGCCGGAGCUGAAACAAAACCUUAAAAAUGAACCUUUCCAACAUCCUAAUUCUGAAGGGGAAGUAAGCGAAGUCCAGGGUGGCGCUGCCCACACGUGGAAUGGCCCUGAGCCCCCGGCCCGUCCAGCGUUCACGGCCAGCUCUGACACUCCUGCCAGCCCGUGGCUGGCUGAAAACUGCGAUGUCAAAUUGGGGUAAAUGCGCCUGGAAAAGGAAGCCUAAGUGAAGAAGUAAAAUAUGGUAACUAAGAAAAAAAUUAAAGAGUAGAAAAUGGUCAAAAGAGAAAUUCGAAUUUUGUAAGAACAUGAAAGGUCAAUGUGGAAGAUAGCCAGGAACCCACGUCCGAACUGUGGUGAGACCACAGUCAGAGGAAGCAGACGGAUGGGACAGAAUUUUAAGAAUACCUGACAGUUUGGGGUUACACCACGGAAAUUUGCAAGCUCUCUGACCCCACAGUCCAAGUUCGAUCUCCAAGUUUCCCCAGAAUUCCCAGUAACUUGGAUCAUUGAUGCCCAAGAAGACUGGUGGUUUCCAGGUGUCUUCUGGCCACCCACAUGUCCCCCCACACUGGGGUCUGUACACAGUAGACUGACACAAAUUGGGACAGACAGAUGGUCACAGGCUGAUGGGCCCUGAGCAGCCCUGCGCUCCCUAGCAGGGAGUCCCCCGAAUCUGUCCUCUUGAACACACGCUGCUGUCUUCUCAGAGUUCUUGCAGAGACCUGCCUUCUCAUCCCAAAGGAACCCAUUGUCCACAGACACUGGGCCUGGCCUCCACUUACCCACUUCAGGCAACAUCCAGCCAAAGCCCAGUGUGGCCUGAGAGGUGGCAGGCUCCCCUACCCUGACCUCCGGAGACAUUCAUGUCCCCAAGAUGGUUCCACCAAGAUCCCUGCACAUGUCCAGGAAGCUACGACCCAAGAAGAGAACUCAAGGCUCUGGGAUUUGAUGUUCAUUGUAAAGUAACAGGAUCUGCACUGUAAACAAAUGACAAUUGUGAGGGUGAAAGUAAACAAAUUUUUAA